AUGUGGCCGAACAACAGCUCCCUGGGGCCCUGCUUCCGUCCAAUGAACAUCACACUGGAGGAGCGGCGUCUGAUCGCUUCACCCUGGUUUGCUGCCUCCUUCUGCCUGGUGGGCCUGACCUCCAACCUGCUGGCCCUGACCGUGCUGGCUGGCGCUCGGCAAGGCAGCUCCCACACACGUUCCUCUUUCCUCACCUUCCUCUGUGGCUUGGUGCUCACCGACUUCCUGGGGCUGCUGGUCACUGGUGCCAUUGUGGUAUCCCAGCAUGCCGCCCUCUUCAACUGGCAUGUCGUGGACCCUAACUGCCGCCUCUGCGACUUCAUGGGUGUUAUCAUGGUCUUCUUCGGCCUGUGCCCGCUGCUGCUGGGGGCCACCAUGGCCUCGGAGCGUUACCUGGGCAUCACGCGGCCCUUCUCACGCCCGGCCCUAGCCUCACAGCGCCGGGCCUGGGCCACGGUGGGGCUGGUGUGGGCCACCGCGCUGGCCCUGGGCAUGCUACCAAUGCUGGGCAUGGGUCGCUACACCGUGCAGUUCCCCGGCUCCUGGUGCUUCCUCACGCUGGGUGGGGAGCCAGGUGACGUGGCCUUUGGCCUGCUGUUUGCGCUCCUCGGCAGCCUCUCUGUCGGCCUGUCAUUUCUGCUCAACACCAUCAGCGUGGCCACGCUGUGCCAUGUCUACCAUGGGCGGGAGGCAGCCCAGCAGCGUCCCCGGGACUGUGAGGUCGAGAUGAUGGUUCAGCUCAUGGGCAUCAUGGUGGUGGGCAGUGUCUGCUGGAUGCCACUGCUGGUCUUCAUUGCUCAGACAGUGUUGCGGACCCCACCCACCAUUAGCCCCACUGGACAGCUGCCCCGAGCCACUGAGAAGCAACUCCUCAUCUACCUGCGUGUGGCCACCUGGAACCAGAUCUUGGACCCCUGGGUAUACAUCCUCUUCCGCCGGGCGGUGCUCCGGCGGCUGCAGCCUCGCCUCAGUGCCCGGCCCAGGUCACUCUCACUCCAGCCCCAGCUCGCCAGGGGACCCAUGCUGCAGUAG